CGAGGCCCUGGUCCUGUGUGGGACUGUGGGGCGACCAGGGCUGUGCUGGCUCCUGGAUUGUAGCUGCUGAGGAGAGAGCAGCACGUGGAUCCUCCCUGUCGUCAGGCAGAGCUCUUCAGUGAGGUGGGCUCAGGGAGGGCUCUGUGCCUCUGCUCAGCCGAGCUCCAGCCAAAAGCCUUGGAAAUCAGAGGAAGUGCCAGGCUGCAGCUGCUGCCCAGUUCUCAGGGGGCAAGCUAGACCCUCUUGCCUGGCUGCAGGGACAGAGACAGCAAGCCUCAACCCCUCCUGAGCCAUGCCAGCCAACCUCACAGAGGGCAGUUCCAAUUCCACCCAGACCGUGCCAACAACACUGGACUCAUCCCGAGUGGCUUGCACUGAAACGGUGACUUUCACUGAAGUGGCUGAGGGAGAGGAGUGGGGCUCUGUCUACUCCUCCUUUAAGACUGAGCAGUUGAUAACCCUGUGGGUCCUCUUUGUAUUCACCAUUGUUGGAAAUGCAGUUGUGCUGUUCUCCACGUGGAAGAGGAAGAGGAAGUCCAGAAUGACCUUCUUUGUGACUCAGCUGGCCAUCACAGACACUUUCACGGGACUGGUCAACAUCUUGACGGAUAUUAUUUGGCGAUUCACUGGAGACUUCCUUGCACCUGACCUGGUCUGCCGAGUGGUCCGCUAUUUGCAGGUUGUACUGCUCUAUGCCUCUACCUACGUCCUGGUGUCCCUCAGCAUAGACAGAUACCAUGCCAUCGUCUACCCCAUGAAGUUUCUGCAAGGAGAAAAGCAAGCUAAGGUCCUCAUCGGGGUUGCCUGGAGCCUCUCCUUCCUGUUCUCUAUUCCCACCCUGAUCAUAUUCGGGAAAAGGACACUCUCCAAUGGUGAAGUGCAGUGCUGGGCCCUGUGGCCUGAUGACUCGUACUGGACCCCAUACAUGACCAUUGUGGCCUUCCUAGUGUACUUUAUUCCUCUGACGAUCAUCAGCGUCAUCUAUGGCAUUGUGAUCCGAACUAUUUGGAUUAAAAGCAAAGCCCAGGAGAUGGUGAUUUCUAACUGCUCGGAUGGGAAACUGUGCACCAGCUACAAUCGAGGGCUCAUCUCAAAGGCAAAAAUUAAGGCCAUCAAGUACAGCAUUGUCAUCAUCCUUGCUUUCAUCUGCUGUUGGAGCCCAUACUUCCUCUUUGACAUUUUGGACAAUUUCAACCUCCUUCCAGACACCAAGGAGCGUUUUUAUGCCUCCGUGAUCAUUCAGAACCUGCCAGCACUGAAUAGUGCCAUCAACCCCCUCAUCUACUGUAUUUUCAGCGGCUCCAUCUGCUAUCCCUGCAGGGAGCAAAGAUCACAAGACUCUAGAAUGACAUGCCGAGAAAGAACGGAAAGACAUGAGAUGCAGAUUCUGUCCAAGCCAGAAUUCAUCUAGACCCUUGGACAGUUGUAGUUGUAGGCUGAGUCUCAUGAGCUCUUCUAGGUCCCCACAACCAGCUUGUGUAUGUGCAAGGAGCCUGAGCCGAUUUCUCCACCCUGCUCCUCUCAUCACUUGGGAAUGUGCAAGAUACAUGUUCUAAUGAGGGUGUGUCAUCUGCAAUGGCAAGUAUUAGCCAAAACCAACUCACCAACUAUCCAUGGGAACCAGGAAAGACACUUUCCUCUUCCUCUCUUGUGAUUUCCAGCCCUCCUUCCCUUUGGUCAUACCCAAACCCAAUGGACAGAGAUGGUACUGGCCCAAGGUCCUGGAUUGGGUGAGCAAGGAGACAGACAAGCAGAAGGGACAAAAGGAAAACAGCAAAGUUAUCCAUAAAUCUUCUAAUUAUAAUUUUAAAAGUAAAUAAAAGACUUAACAAAGACUAAACUUUUUAUCCCCCAGUUUUGGAUUGGAGGUUUGGUGGUUAUAGCCAAAAAGAAGUUUGCCCCUGAAAUGCCAACAAAUUUACUUUCAGACACUGGUGCUUUGCAUGUCCUCAUUGGCAGCAGCUAAACUCACACUUCUGUUGUAUCAACAAGCAAUUCAUGGAAAGAACACAACUACUAGCCUUCCUUAACAAGGUCAAGUGUAAGGGUAUUUUCUCUGAUGGGAAAAAUAUUGUGAUAGGAAACCAUGGGUCCUUCACCUCCAGCCCCAUAGAGCUGAGACCUGGAACUCAGGGAUCUUUGAGUAUCUCUGAAGGCUCUUCCCUCUGUAUCUAGUGUUUGGGUCACUCUGAAUUCCAUUGCUCACACUCAGGGUCACUUCUACCCCUUGUAGCCCUCCGAUCCUCUCUUCAGAUAGGAGCUGAGUUCCUGUGUUUUUUCCAGGCAUGACGAUCCUGUAAGCUCUUUACCAGUUUUGCAUGCUGUAGUCUGUGUCUAUCUAACACCUCUGCCAAGAAGCACUGGUGGGGUUUAUUUUGACAGGUCUGGGGUUUGGUAUUUAUAAGCAUAAUCCAAGUGAAAUAUGACUAAAUGUUUUAAAGUUAAUUUUUUUCCUUUAGAUUUUUCUAUAAGUGGAAAUGGAAUAAUUAAAUUUGAUUAUGUAUACAUCCCCACCCACGGCUCUGGGAUGCGCAUGAGAACCUUAUUUUUAGCUUCACAUACAUUCUUGACAUUAAAAUCUCCUUGGUAAAAUCCUCUCUUCCAGAGUUGAAAUCUUUUUUUUUUUUUUUGGCUGACUGCUAGUGGAAUCAUUAAAAUGUUCAGUAUAUUUUAAUAGCACUCCAUUCCUCAUUAUGGUAUCAACUCAAAGGCUGCAUGUUUAAGGUCAUGGUGGCAAUUUUUUUCCAUAAAUCAUCAUUUCAAUUCCAUCUGACCUUAGGGAAAGUAUCUUUUUAGACAGAAAUCAGACACACCAUCUCUCUGAAAAUUAUUCUCUGAACAUGAGGAAGCUGAAUAAUCUAGUUUUAUGUCUACACACCAGUUUUGAAGAUUGCUUUCUUCUCUGUCCAAUCAGCUAAACUUGAGCAACCCUGGAUGCUUUGAGUGGUUGAGAAGUGCUUUUCAACAUUUCCUUUUAAAUCAAGAUGUGCCACAGAAGACCCACAGAAUUGUUGCUAAGAUAGCUGCCUGCACAGAAGCCAAUUAACAGAGCAGAAUCUGGCAGGUGUCCUAGACAGCAAAACAGGAGGCCCAGGUUCUCUUGACAGAUGCUUUCAAUCUCUGUCAAGUUCUGGUCUGCAAAAGAUGUCACCUGCCUACCUCAUCCAUCAGAAGAUUCAUAAGUCGAAGAGAGGGUGCAGUGAGGGGCUUUGUGAUCUUAUGAACUCUGAAUGCGAUUUAUAGCUCUUGUGAUGCUCUGUUUCUCAUGUCCUGAGAAGACUGGAGAUCAGUAAGAUAAUGGGACAGAUUGCUGCAGGAUGAGAUGCCAUUAAAAUGAAACUUGCCUUAUGUUAAUUUGCUUGGCUUGGGAAAACCUGAUUUAAACAUUAUGGCAACAAUAGUACUCAUUAGUCUCCUGACCUUGGGAGAAUUAUUUCAUGCCCCUGGGCAUCAAUUGUCUCAUCUGUAAGAUGGGACCAAAAUAAGGCUGGAGCAGAGGAUCUUGGGGGCCCUUACAGAUCCAGGCUCCGAUAUUGCAAUGGCGUAAAGUCCACCUGGAGAGGGAGCUUCUGGGAUUCUCUCCCAAAGAAACCAAUGACUCAGUAACUCAAAGCUUAGUCAUUUGCCCUUUAGAGGUGUAAUUUCCCUAUCUAUCACUAGGAACUCAGAGAAACAUCAUUUCCCGGGAAAUAGUUUGAGCUCUUAGAGAAAAUUAGAAGUUUAGGGUGAUGGUGUCACUUUUUAUAGCCUUUGAUGGCCAAGUGGGACCCAAGAAGCUAGUGGAUGGUAUAUAAAUAAAGGUGCUUACUUCCCACGCUAAGAUGUCAAAGAGGGUUACAUUAUCUCAUAGCUUCAGGGACAGGUGGAAAUUUAGGAUAACAAGAGUAGAUGUGCUUAAUAUACUCAGCCACACUAUAGAAAAUAAGUCUCUCCACUUUACUGAACUAAAUUAAAGAUGAAUGGUAAAAGCUUCUCUUCUUUCAGGGCAUAUGUGAAGCAUAAUUUAAUUGAACUUGGAUUUCAUCAAGCCAUAUCUCCCAUCCCUUUUCCCAAAGAAAAUGAUAAUAAAUUUUAAUGAAUUUUAUUUGUGAUUAAUCAUGAGAAAAAAAAGUGUCCCCCUUAAACCAGACCAAUAUGCAGCUUAAGCUUGCUUCCUAGUUUCAUUCAGACAACUCUGUAUACACACAUACAGAAAUGACCUUGCCUCCUGCUUUUACAUCAAUCACAAAUGCCUGAGUCUGCUGUGGACAUAGGAAAACUAAAGCAUUUUAAUAGGAAACGAAGUGAUCUGAUCUUCUAAAAUCCUCUUAAAUAAGUUAGAGACCUGCUGGCAGCCACAGUUUUAUUUUGUUUUCAUCAUGAUUCGAAUAUACCUCAUCUUAUAUGGAGAGCUACCAGUGUUCCCUAUGACUUUUCAAUUGCAUUUGAUUGUAAAGAGUUGGCCCUAACUCUUUAGGGGGCCAUCCUUUUUGUUUUUGGAAACAUGAAAAUCCUAUGCCUCAUUUCUCUGUAAUCGCAUUUUAAGAAUUCAUUAUCCACAACAGGGCUGGUUCAGUUAACACUUUAAAAGUGAGAGGGGGAAGGGAGGGAGUAUGUGGUUAGAAAUGAUGGUGGAAUGUGAUGGACA